UAUCAACUGCCUCCAGCCACCAUUCAUCCAAAUCUGAAGACACCACCGACCACAUCCAACCCAAACCAAAAGAACUAACAAUUGACCAUUUAUACUAUUUGACCAUCCCCAAAAGCCAUUCCUACCAUGACAUCCUCCAGCCCCGAUACAUCGUCUGUUUUGGAAGGACUCCAACGUCUGAGUAUUUCCUGUCAAGAGUUGGACGAUCGUUCGUCGGCCCCCUUGGGCCAUUUUCAAGACAUUCCCCGCGACAUUCAGCAAUCUUACGAGUGUAUCCUCCAAGGAGCCAAUUUGGUGCACGCCACAUCCACCAAAUUCACCUUGGUGGGGAAAAUGUCGCAAGAAGGAGACGAAGCCAACAAAAUUGCCCAGGACUUGUUACGAGGCUGUCAAUUGAUUGCCACGGGAGCUUUGGUGGUUGGCAACAAUGCCUAUGGCUGUUCCAGAUCGACACGACAGUACACCAAACGAGCCGCACGGUCCGUCGUGGCCAGUGUCAUUCAAUUGGUGGAAAUGCUACUCCAUCAUCCCGACGCCAAAGUGUUGGAAAAAGACAAUACUCUUGCCGCACAAAAAUGUGGGGCUGUUUGGCAAACCUGUGACCAAUGGAUCCAGAAAAAGGUUCCACAGGGAAAUCGAAAUGCCAUGCGAAGAGAUUUGUUUACAUGGAUGAUGGAAUGCAAUGAAACCAUGCAGGAAUUUCAACAAAUGAUUGAUAGAGGGGCAGCAGCUUCCACCACUGCAGAAGAAAAUAAUAAUGAUAAUGACAAUCCACAAACAGAAAAACAUGAUGACAAGGAAACAACCUUUGAAGAAUUCCUCUGCCAAAUGGCGGCUGGAAAUCAGGAGGAACAAUACACAGCAAAGGAGUUAGAAAUGGCCAAACCAGCUGUAGCAUUGAUCAAGUGUUCUCGAGGGUCCAUUAAUGUCGUCCUCAAGGCAUGUGAAUCGGCGGCCAAACAAUUAACAGUGCCUGCAAAAAGCAAGACUGUUUUGGAAUUCUUGCAAAAGGCACACGAUUUGGCACGGGUGGUAGGAGAAGGCAUGACAGAUCUGGGCACCUUGCUGUAUCCCACAAUAUCCCUGGAGGAUAUCGAACGCCAAGGUGCCAAGCAAACGCAAUCCAUGGCAGCAGUGCUAGACUAUGUUUUGGACUCUGCCGCGGCAAUGGAAUUGGAUGAGGAAACACUCGAGUUGGCCAACAAGAUUCGACCCAAUCUGGAUAAACGACAUGGGGAACUCCAAACGGCCAUCAAGGAGGCAAGGAAAUAAUGAGACUAUAUUAUAGUUUCUAAUUCAAGCGUACCGAUAUCAAGCAAUUGAUUGAGGAGUGGGUAUUUGUAGCCGUGCCUUGUCAGUAGCCCGUGAAUCCAUGACCCUUUGUCUUUUGCUCUGAUACAUCUUCUGUGCACCACUCCGUACAAACCACUAACUCAUCUACCGCAAGUCUAACAACCCAAGUGAUCCAGUUAUCUCCAAUUGAAGAAAUCUAGUGGGUAUGCUUGGGUCUAUAGUCUUUACAUUCUAUUUUGCGCAGAAGCUAUUACGGCAGACCCUACCAAGGGAUUGCUUUGCCAUGACGAAAGAAUCCACCCGUGGGACCAUUCUUGUCGAGUGUACAGGCCCACACUACCGAGGCGGCACCCUCUGGAAUGGGUCCACCUCCCGCUCCUCCCAUGUCGGUGGCAAUCCAACCCGGACAAACGGCAUUGACCCGCAUUGUUGAAGAAAGUUCCCGUGCCAACUUGAGUGUCAAGGCAUUCAAGGCUGCCUUGGAGACACCGUAGGCGGGUGUCCCUCCACUCAUGCCCGAAAGAGAUCCGGCACCGGAACUGACAUUGACAAUGCGUGGAUUGUUGGAUUUGUGGAGGAGUGGCAACAUGGCAGUGGUACAUCUCCAAGGACCGUACAGGUUGGUUUCCAUGGUGUUUUGGACAUCUUGUAGAUCCACCGAAAUGGCACGUUCGUGAUCGUCAUAGUUGAUGCCUUUUAGAUGUAACAGAAAAGAAGGGAAUAUAUCUAUAAAAUGAGAGGGCUCCAGCACAUAUCAUAAUGCAAGGCUCGACUUAAAUAAAUUUGGAACAACCCUCUGUACCUACCUGCGUUGUUGACUAGAACAUCCAACUUUUGAUACUUGGAUUGGAUCUUUUUGGCUGCUUGAUCUACCGACGCCUGAUCGGUGACAUCAAUUUGAAUGGGUGUAAUGGCCGAGUGUCCAAGUUCCUGGACGGCCUGUUGCCCCUUUUCCAAGGAUCGAGACCCCAACAAGACUUGAUAGCCCUUGUCGGCUAGUUGUUUGCAGACCUGUUGAGAAAAAGGUUGAGAUGAUGAGGAUAAGCAUUACAGUUUGGUCGAACCAUUGCAAUUGUCGUUUCGUAUGUACCUCCUUUCCAAUUCCCCGAUUGGCACCUAUUGCGUUCAUGGCGGAAGCAGUAUUGGAGCAGCAUGUGAGAGAAAAGAAUGAUAAUGAAUGCCAUGCCACUUCGUUCGUACCGGUAACAUACCUGUGACAAGGGCAACAUUCAUGGCGGCGACUUGGUUUUGACUGAUAAAUAAUAUAGCGGACAAGGAAGGAGGGAGAAGCAAGAAAAGCUACCGAAAAAUGAGGAUCCGUGGCUCAAAAGAAAGAUGACACCCAUUCAUGACUGAAAGAUCCAAAAGCUUCCACAGCCAUCAAAAUAAUCGAAAA